AGGCAGUAUGUCGCCAAUAGUCUUCAGUUGUAGAAAUGGCAGCGCUGAGACAGGAGCAUCGGUAUGGGCUCUCCUGUGGCAAAAUCAACAAAAACACCCCGAAUCAAACUAAUCACGUCAAACUCACUGACACUGCAAUCCGGACCCUCGAAGCCUACCAGAACCUGAAGGCAUCACUAUCAAAUCAGCCAGCGAUUUGCUUCAAGGGGAGCCAGGGGUACGUAAAAAUCCCAGCUCCAGCCCCUGAAUCUCCUGAUGGAUUCAGAGUCUUCUCAUUCUACCUUUCCAGUGACAGCAAAGACAAGCCUCAGUCCAGCUUUGACUGCAUUCACCAGUAUGUCUCAGGGGAGGGCAGGGAUCACCUGGAAGGACAGGGCAGUAUUCAGGACAAGAUCACAGUUUGCGCCACAGACGAUUCCUACCAGACGACUCGGGAGCGCAUGUCUCAGGUGGAGAAGGACAUCUGGAGCCGCUCAGCAAUUGAGAUCAAGCCGGGGCCAAGUAAGUAUGUGAAGGUCCAGAGGAAGCAGGGUCUAGUAUCAGGCUCAGAUAGCAGCAACAAGCACUCCCCCAGCAAUAAGAGGAGCCUGGUUCCUAGCCCUGUGGCACACCGGCCCUUAAGGGAUCGCAUUGUUCAUCUCCUGGCCUUAAAGCCCUAUAGGAAACCUGAGCUGCUACUGUGGUUGGAGAGGGAGCGGGCCAGUCCAAAAGACAAGGCUGAUCUGACCUCAGUACUGGAUGAGGUUGGUAAACUGAACAAUAAAGACCACAGCUACUCUCUGAAGGAUGAGCUCUACAGACACGUACAGAGAGACUGGCCUGGAUAUCUAGAGGAGGAGAAGCAACUCAUUCAUAGGCUCCUGAUCAGGAAACUUCAACCACUCCACAGUAGCCAGUUGAAGAGUCCCCAGUCCAACCAUUCAUUCCACAAAACUCCCGGGGACUCUCCUUCACAUCUAAGUCCUGCCAAGAAUCUUUCCGUGAAACGCCCGUUGCCCUCGGACCCAUCAAACGGUCAGACCCCCAAAAAACAAAGACUAUUAGACCAGUGUUUGCCUGUGCAGUCACCGUCUAAUGGAGACUACAGCGCCAAUGGGGCUCGUAGCUCCUCAAGUCAUGGAAACUCUAGAGUACAGAUCAAACUGGAGUUCGACAAAACCAACAAUCAUCUCCAGGGGAGCCCAAAUGGUCUGUACUCGCCUCACAAACUCAGCGGCUCAUCUAAUGUUCCCAAACUGGAGAGGACAGAGCCAGCUCCUACUGCACCCAGCCCUAAACCCCCACACAUUGACCAACAUCCCAUUUGCAUUGACCAAGUGUUCACCAACGGGCAACAGAAAAAGAAGAGGUCCAAAAAGCACAAAGACAAAGAACGAGAGCGCUUAAAACCAGACUGGAUUGAGACGAGUCCAGACUUGAAGCAAAACAGAGAAAAUCUCAAAGACCAUGAGGGAGAGAAAACACCUGUCAAUCGAACAUCAGCAGAGGAACUGCCUGACUAUUUAAUAAAAUACAGCACAAUAACGGCACUUGAGCAGCGGCAAGAGUAUAAGGACGACUUCUGUGCAGAGUACGAUGAAUACAGAGCUCUUCAUGACCGGAUUGGGGCUAUCACAGAGAUGUUUGUUCAGUUGGGUUCAAAGAUCAACACUCUCUCCCCGGGGACACAAGAGUACAAGCUUAUGGAGGACCAAAUACUACAAAAGUACCGAAAGUAUAAGAAAAAGUUUCCUGGGUAUCGGGAAGAAAAGAAGCGAUGCGAGUACCUCCAUCAGAAACUGUCGCAUAUCAAAGGCCUGAUCACAGAUUAUGACCGAGCACAGGGACUCUCCUAGUAACUGGCUUCUACCCUCAACAGGGUGUACUAUGACUGGACCAAAAGACUCCUGAUGGACCCAAAGACUGCCCAGCUGGAUCCUGGAGUUGCUACACUACUCACUUUACUCCUCAGAGUGUUGAUGGAAUCGAGGAGCAUGGUUCUUUUCGCUAGUGGGCGGAGACCACCAACUCGUGAUCAAAUGUUGCCCUUUAACAUUAUGGUUUUCAACUAUGAUUAUCGCUGUAAUGGCUUUAUUCUGUUCUGCUGUAAAAUUGUCCGAUGACACAGUGAAAGCCAAAUCCAUUUUUCUAAAAUGCAAAGCAUAUGUGAUCUUUUUCUGGCUAAUUGCAUUAUUCUGUCCUUUAUCUUGUCAAAUAAGUGUUGAUUUAUAAAAAAAAAAAAAAGAACAAGUAUUAAAUUGAUGGUACAAUCAAUCUUAGAGGGAAACAAAUUAUACUAAAGUCUUUAUAUUUAUCAUACAGAUGAAUCUGUUUAUUUGUUAUUUGCUGAUAGAAAAUCAACACAUCCAAUCACAUCAUUAAUUCUUUAGUU